GGGGGACCGCAUUUCUUCAGUGGGCUGAAACCUCCGUAAGAGUCAAAUCCUGGAAUCGCCCCUACAUCAGUUGUGAGGCCUAUUGGUAAUUAAUUUUCCUUCAAAAAAGUGAACAUAAUACCUUGUCAAUAUCAUGUUUGGUUAAUGGCCACGAAAACCACAGGCUUCAAGCGUCCAGAAAGUCUGUUUGCGCAGGAUUGCAAAAUCCCGUGUGCCUUGGAAAACUGCAGAAUCGCAGUCAGUCAACUUUAAGGAAACAGUAAAUCGCAUCUUGUAAUUUUGCCGCUUGUUCUAGCAAUAUAACAGCCAUCGGAGCCAGCAGGAUGUUAAAACGCUGCUGUUUAAGCGUGACGUGUCUGCGUGAACAGGUGAUAACAUCUUGGAAAUUAAAUGAGGAAACAGCAGAUCGCAGUCACCAAACGCAGGUCAUUGCUUACCUGACCAUGAUGGAUAUCGCGGUUUUAGAAAAGCAAUACAACUGGAUUAAAGAAAAGCAAAAGCUGCAGACUCAUGUUGUCUUUUUCAGAAAAUCAAAUGAUAGAGAGAUCUGUGGUAAAUCCCUCAUCAAUUUGGUCCCGAUCAGCCAGGAAGUGAACAGCUCCAAAGCUUUUGAUGAGCAGAUGACCGUUCGGGAGAUACAGUUUAAUUUGCCUGGUGACCUUGACAGCGAUAAAACCCCGUGGCACGCCCACCUGGGAAUGCACCGGAUGACCCAUGUACACAACAGAACCAAAGCCUCCGGUGAAGUAAGAACGGAACACUCGGAAUAUCCAGGCAAGCCUGCUCCUAUUGAAAAGUUCUCUGAAUCCGUUUCUUUGGAAACAGUGGCCGGAGAGUCACCUACGGUCCUCGACGUUGAGUUCAGUGAUGGAGAGGCUAUAAAAGAAAGUUCUAGAAAGUUCUCUGCCCCAGCUGUCCUAUCAAGACAGCUAAGUGUGGCUGUUUACCCACCUUCCAUUGCUUCCCAGAGCUCCCAGUACUACCCCUUCCCUCAGCGUAAAUGUCCGAGGAAGUCUGAGGCGGCCAGGAGACUCGGGAUGUAUUCAUCCUUCUAAAUGGACAUAGAGGACAGCCCAAGAUAACUCUCCCUAAGAAGCCAACAUAAAGUAUCUGUAUCCAGUAAAUCACCUUGC